ACGAAAUUACUCAGUAGCCGUUGACGGCUCUUUAGGUGACGGAUCGAGUCCAGUAUUACAAUUUUAUUUUCCCCUUUUCAUUUAUUUUUUGGAAUAAAAAAAGAAAAGGAGUGCAAGAGGAUAACGCUGCUUAGCUAGCUGGGUCACUUGCUAGAAAGCUACGCGAUAGCAUAGCUAACCUCAUUCUGCGAUACAACCUCGAGACAAGUCGGGACAAGACCAGUCUCAGGGCUCACCAUACUCAAUGAGCGGACAGCGCAAUGUCAGAGCGCUCUGGGCAAACUGCAAAGGGGAAGGAAGGCAAAACCAAGUAUGCGUCUCUCAACCUGUUUGAUACAUACAAAGGAAAGAGCCUUGAAACACAAAAGCCUGUUGUUCCCCCCCGCCAUGGCCUGCAGUCUCUUGGUAAAGUUGCCUCCGCACGGCGUAUGCCACCCCCUGCCAACCUGCCCAGUCUGAAGGCAGAGAACAAAGGCAACGAUCCCAACGUCUCGCUCGUUCCCAAAGACGGCACAGGAUGGGCAAGCAAACAGGAACAAGCGGACCCAAAGAGUACCGAUGCAUCGUCAGCAGCGCAGCCGGAAUCGCAGCAGCCUGUGGCUACACCGACACCUGCACAGACCCGCCCGAGAACCCCGCCAGCUUCAGAGGCUCUGGCCCCAACUUCAACCCAGGCCGUAGGGGCAAGGUCCUGGGCACAGGCCAGUGUUACACAUGGAACACAAGGGGAUGGUGGAAAGGCAUCAAACCUACCGUCGCCAUUCUCUCGCGAGGAAUUUCCCACCCUGCAGGCGGCUGGCGACCAGGACAAAGCUGGCAGAGAACAGGGCACUGCAGAUCAGUGGUAUGGGCCCGGACCAAGCCUCCGCCCCCAGAACGUUACAAGUUGGCGGGACGGUGGGGGCCGAGCCCUGGCGCCCACCCUGUCUGGGGAGGGGGCAGCGGAGGGUGGCACUUGUGGGGCUCUGGUGAUGGAUGGGGCAGCUGGGGUCCCCCCUCCGAACUCUCAGUCCCACGGGCCACCUAGGAACCCUCCCGCAGGCAGCCCCGCCUUGCCCCUGCCCCAGCCCCCUGUGGGGCCUGGGUUCCCACAAUACCGAGGGAUCAUGCCUCCCUUCAUGUAUUCUCCCUACCUGCCCUUCCCGGCCCCCUAUGGCCCUCAGGGGCCCUACAGGUACCCAGCACCUGGGGAAGGGCCUGCUCCAAGGUUCUCUCGUGGGCAGGCUGGUCCUGACAGCAGGCCUCAGGGCGGCCCACGUGACACAGGUGGAGAUAUGGUGAAGCGACCCUCUAUCCUGAAACAAGAUGACCUGAAGGAGCUGGACGAGCUGGACCACGACGGAGAUGAGGGUUGGGCAGGGGCUCAUGAGGAGAUUGAUUACUCCGCCAAGUUGAAGUUCAGUGAUGAUGAAGGAGAUGAAGAGGGGGAAGAGGAGAGAACUGAGAGCAAGAAUGACUUGCGUGAGCAGCAGAGGUCCCAGGAUGCCCCUGCUGCAACCCCUCGCUCUCGAGCCUCGGACAGCGGUGGAGACACACGCCGCACUCCUCCCUCUAAUGCUGACAAUGGCCCCCAACCCCCCUCCAGCAAGCCAGGAUGGGCCGAGGAGGGAAGCAGUGGCUGGGGGAGCCAGGGAGCACCAUCCAACUACCAGGGGCGCAGGCCUGGAUUGGGUGGUCCCCGGGAGCAGCCCUCCCCCCCACCUGGGCCGCUCCUUGGACAAGGGCCUUACUCCUUUUACCGACAGGACCGGCCCCACAACCAAGGUGCCUCUCAAGGCCCAGGGAAACCUGUCCCCGCCCAGCUUCAGCCAGCAGCAGGAGGCCCUUCUCCUCCUGCGCAGCCAGGCCUGCUGGUUCCCGGACCCCAGGACAAUGAUGAGGACGAGACUUGGCGUCAGCGCAGGAAGCAGUCCUCCACUGAGAUCUCUGCCGCUGUGGAGCGAGCACGUCGCCGCCGUGAGGAGGAGGAACGUAGGAUGGAGGAGGAGAGACGCGCAGCCUGUGCAGAGAAGCUGAAGAGGCUGGAUGAGAAGCAGCAACAGCAGCAGGGCAGCAACAUGGGAGGUGGUGGUAGCAGUAGUAUAAGCCCCAGCCUUGAUGGAAACUCUACAGCUGCCACAGCAGGCAGUCCUAGUCCAUCUAUUUCAGCCUCUGCCUCCUCGCCCAACAUCAGCCAGCCCCCAUCCCCCUGUGUGGACCCUGAAGAACCUCCAGCGCUGGUUGUGCAGCCGGGGUCCAGUCCUGGAGUCGGUGACCGACAGCGAGCCAGCAGCAACAGCAGCUACGACUCCAGUGCAGAAGCCCAACAGUGUUCCCAGCCAGCUGUGUCACAGCCACCGCAGCCACCGCAGCCCACGCUCGAUGUACCUUUACCAGGAGAAAAUAAGGAAGAGACCAUGGCCAGUCAGCACAUUCGUGCAGGAAGUGGAGGUGAAAGAGGAGUCGACCCAGUGAAGAUUGAGAGUAUCGGAGGGGGAGCAGGUCGUCAAACUGGUGGUCCCCCUGGCCAGGGUUACUCCAAGUAUCAGAAGUCUCUUCCACCUCGGUUCCAGAGGCAGCAGCAGGAGCAGCUCCUGAAGCAGCAGCAGCAAUGGCAGCAGCAACAACAGCAGCAGCACAGCCAGGCAUCUCAAAGCCAGCUGUCCCCUCAGCCCCAGGCUCCGCAGGGUCCUUCACCGGGUUCAACACCCCAGCCGGGGCCUGGACCCAAGCAGGGUGGACCCAUGUAUCAACCCAGCAAUAUGGUCCGACCCCCACCCCUGCCAAUGAAUUUUGACCCUCGCUGGAUGAUGAUGCCCUACAUGGACCCCCGUAUGAUGCAGGGCCGCCCUCCACCUAUGGACUACUAUUCAGCGGGCAUGCACCCCUCAGGGCUCAUUGGGCGCGAGCGGUCUGAUUCGGGGGGAUCUGGUUCAGAUCCCUUUGACAGGCAGCAACAGCAUCCGGGGCAUCCUCACCGUGGGACCCCCCCUAUGGAUCCUAAGCUGGCCUGGGGGCAGGAGGUAUUCCCUGGCGGAGGGGAGGGCCGUGGGCUAACAUCCCCUCUCAGGCAGAAGCAAGCAUUGGAGGAUGAUGAUGUGGCCAAAGGGCCCAGGAGCGACACCCCUCCACACCGCAUGCGAGAAGGUGGAUUGGGACCCAUUCAGCAGCCCAGCUCCACCUCUGGAACAUCCAACCAGACUCCACCUCCAGUUGGCACUCAGGUUGGGACCCAGGGUGGUGGCCACCACCCUCAUCACUACAUGAGUGGCCGGAGCAACUACAGCAACUUCCCUGACCAGGGUGGGAGGAUGCAUCCCCACCAGCAGCAGCAGCAGCAGCAGCAGAGGGCGGAGAGAGGAAAUCAGCCGCAUAGCUACACCCACCAGGAUGAUGGGCCUCCACGAGGGUCUCAGCAGGGACAGAUAUGGGGAGCUCCACACCCUCACUAUGAUCGCAACGGUCGUGCUGAUCACCCCCCUGUUGAGAGCAACUCUCAUCUCCACCACCAUCACAGCCACCACCCUCAGCAGCCUCACUUCCCUCUCCACCCCCAUAAGCCAGAGAGCACCCGAGACAGGGUUGUUGAGGCCACUGGUAAGAAGACAGACUCUUCUCCCCCAAUUCACCAACCUUCCCUGUCAUCCUCCUGCUCUUCCUCCUCCUCCUCCUCUGCCAGGGAAGAUGGGAAUGUCAAAGUUGCCCUGCAUCAUCACCCAUCACAGAGAGAGGGUGAGGCUGGUGUCGGGCACAGUCAUGGUGAAAGAGGCAACAGUGGCAGUGCUGGCAGUAGCAGUCAUGUGAAACAGGAGAAAACAGGCCCGGCAUACGCUCCUCAUUCCUCAUUGACCUCGAGCCCACCUCCCUCUCAACAUGGCAGUCAUACACAGCAACAGCAGCACCCCCAUCCUAAAUCAAACCAAAGAGGGGGGCGGGAGCACAAGACAGAGACCCAGUGGGGCCCCCGUCCUGGCAGCAGCAAUACAGGUGGGGGGUCUUCUCAUGGUAGGAGGGCCAACAAUGCAGGAGGUGGGAACAACCCCCGUGGAGGGGAGGAUUCCUCCAACACUUCAUCAGACCACAAACCUUCCAACCAGACCGGAGGCAGCAAUGCCAACAAGAGGGCUGGCCCCAUUAAGAAGCCAGUACCAAAGGAGAUGAAGAGGGAUGGAGGGGAGGCUGAAGGAGGAGAAAAACCAAGCUUUGGGAAAGAUAAAGAGAAAGAUGGUGGCCAGCCAGCCUCCAUGAAACAGGAAGCCUCCUCCACCUCCCAGAACACAUCAGCUCCAUCUAAAGAUGAGUCAGCCCAGACAGCCAAACCCAGGAAUGGAGGAAAAGAACGGUCCUCUGGUGGAGGUGGGGGCGGGUCUGGUAGAGGGCCCAAAGAUGUGGACACCAAUUUGGGAUUUUCAGGGUCCUCCUCCAGGAGGGACAGGGACCGCUCCUUUGAGAGAGGAGGCGGCACCUCCCACCACCAUGGAGUCCCCGCCAAAGGCAACAGAGCCAGUCGUGGACGUGGGGGGGAGUUCUACGGGCGUGGCCGGGGUUACCGGGGCACCUACACAGCUGCUGCUGGGCCCGCUGGUGCCAGUCGGGGAAGAAUGGGUGGAAGGAGCGGCAGAGAUUACCGCUCAUCUGUUGGCACUGGCCACCACCAUGAUUCCAAGGGCGAAGGGGGCGGUGGCAGGCACGGUCAGGAUCGGUCCCAGCAUAACCCAGCCAGGGCCAGGAACCGAAGUGAAACCCGCAGUGAGGGUUCAGAGUAUGAGGAAAUCCCCAAGAGAAGGAGGGAGAGAGGUUCAGAGACUGGCAGUGAGAGUGGUGCAAGUGACCUUGGUCAUUCAGACAAGGAAGACCACCAGAAACCCAAUACUAAGAAUGGCCCUGAUAAUGCCACCACCACUGGCAGCAGCAACAUGCCAUCUGCACCACCCAGAGGUUCCCAGGCCCGGGUCUUCACCCCCAGGGGUGUGCCCUCUAGGAGGGGAAGAGGUGGAGGUAGUGGAGGUGGAAACAUCUACAGAAGUGGUGGCAAUGUUGGAGGACCACCAGGGGGACACAGAGUUGGACCCAGCUCAGCCUCUCAUGGUGGGUCCUCCAAGUCAGCAGGCUCAGCCCGAAAGCAGCAAGGCCCGCCUCAAACCUCUGGGCCCAAAGACUUGGGCAGGGGGGGGAAUGGAGGAGAGAAGAAAGACAAGAUAGCUGAUGCAAGUCAAACUCAAAGUCAGGGGUCCAAUCCCCCUCAGCCGUCUUUGCCCGCUGCAACUCCUGCCACUUUAAGUUCCACUGAAAAUGGAGGCGUUGUAACCCAGCAAGCGUCAACAAACCCUACGCCAAACUCUGGAGGGCCAAACGCACUCCCUCUUCCCACUAACCGUGGGUUCCCUCCCAGCGGGUUUGAGCGACCACCUAGACGUCGCCGUCACGGGCGGUCCCAGCACCAGCAGGACAAGCCCCCCCGCUUCCGGAGACUGAAGGAGCGAGAGAAUGCUGCACGCAUCAAUGGAGGAGUGGGGGUCAUCGGGGGAGGAAGGCCCUCCUCUCCUUCCCUGAAUUCAGUUCAGGACAGUAACGGAGCCCCCAUCUCUGCUCCUGUGACGGCCAACGCCCAAAAUGCUAACCACAACCCCACACUAACAACCAACAAUAACAGUGGUGGCGGGCAUCUAAGCAAUGCAAAUAGUCACCACCAUCACCACUACAACCAGGGCAACGCUGGGCAGACCCACCCCCAGCACCACCACAGCCAUGGAGCAAAGUCCCCCGACUUCACCAACCAGAACUCGGACCAGGCCAACGAGGAGUGGGAGACUGCCUCUGAGAGCAGCGACUUCACAGAGUUCAGAGACAGGGAGGGAGGAGGAGGAGGGAAGUCCUACUCUUCUCAUCAUCCCCACCACCUGGGAAGGGGUGGAGGGGGCGGCGGAGGUGGAGGUGUCGUUGACCGCGACAUGACAGGAAAAGAGCCCUCGGCGAAUAAAAGAAGCUUCUCAAGCCAGCGUCCUGGCAUGGAGCGACAGAACCGGAGGGUCAACCCUGGAGGAGGUGGAGGCGGAGGGGGAGGAAGAGGCCCACGAGGCCCUCCUGGUGGUGGCUCCGGCGGCCCUGGUAAUGGAGGUGGCAACCGCGGGGAGAAGCGUGGCAACUGGCCCUCCCCGAAAAAUAGGAAGUGAUGAAAGAAUUCAGAACAUUUCAGAUGAAUCCCACCCUCAUUAAAACCAUCCUCCUACAUCUUAAUACCUUUUUGAUAAUUACUUCAUGGCUUAUCUGUUGGCAUCCCUAAACAUAUUAGCGCAUUGUACAGUAAAUGGAGAUGGUAUUCACCUUCACUCUAGUGCCCCCACCCAACCUCCAUCCCGGUCACCUCUCUCCCUUUGCAUCAAUCUACUAUCUACCGUCCGUUAUUGUAAAUUUCUCCGUUUGUUCCGUCUUGCUCUCCAUUCAGUUGUGCCCCCCCCUUUCCCCCUUUACCUCCCCCCCAAGAUUCUCACGCCAGUUGGAUUUGAAAAGCAUGUGGUUCUGCAAAUGGGAGGUGCACGUCGUUUUGACAGAAGACAUUCACACAGAGCUCCACACACACUCGCAUAUACAAGCACAAAUAUGACAUCUCUACAAACAACACGGAACACAUGCGGUCAUGUGGGUUGGAAAAUGGAAAAAAAAAGUGGGAUUAAAUUUGGCAAAAAUGUUUGGAUUGGGCUAACUUUUAUAUUUAUGUACCUGUGUAUAUUUCUACCACACUUUGGCCUUGGGUGGUAUUCAGUAGUGCAGUUCUGCAUUACUUCCCUCACAAAGGGAAAGAGUGCAGCUUCAUCUUUUAACGAGAACAAUGUACCAUAAGAUGUUUUCUCUGUCUUUUUUUUUUGAGUUUGAGCCUCUGGGAAAUGUUAGGGGUGUGUGUUUUUUCUUCUAAAAAGCAGGUCAUUAAAAAUACCUUUUACUAAAUUCCCCAGCUCCUCCUUUUGCUGACUUUUUGGUCUCCUGCAAACUACAUCUCUGAUUACUGUGAUAAGAUCCAUUCAACUACUACUGCUCAGUGCUCAUCUACACUUUGCAUUGAUCACAUUGAUUUGUCUUGAUAUCAAUGUCUCUGCUGCUUGUUCAGAUAGAUGGUGUGAUUUUUAUUUUCUCCCCCUCUCCCUAAGUUGUUGACCUGCUCUGACAUUUCAUUAGCUUUUGGUUUUUUGGGAAAUAAAGGCUUUUUUAGCCUCAUCGUAGCAUCCUUCUCCUUACCUGCAAAAAGCUCUACAUAAAUUUUCCCAAAGUUUUACUCUCUCUCUCAUUUGUGAGUUUUGUUUACCCUUUGAAGACUGUAUUGAUAGCUUGAUGGCUUUAUUUUAACAACCAUUAUUUCCUCAGCGACUUGCAUUUUUAUGGAAAUAUUUAUCUCUCUGAAGAUGAUCGUUCUUCUCGAGGGGAAAUGUGUUAAAUAAAAAUGUAGGUCAUGAUAGACUAAAGAAAAAACUUUCAUAAAAAUUGUUUAUGCUUCAGUAGGUAAUUGAAUAUGUUAAGCACUCCUUGUCGUAUAAGAAAAACCCAUGGUUGCUGUUUUAUUUUUUCUUUGUGUUUGUUUUUGGGCAAGUUACAUGUGAUGCAACAGGACAGGUACUCUGUCUGGGCCCAGAGUACAGAGCUAGAGUAUUGUACUAUUACACCCCCCCUUUCUCUCUGUGCUCUUGUGGAGACUCCUCACACCAAGAAAGGACUACUACCAAGAGCUCCUUGUCUGAGGAAGUAUUUUUCAAAGCGCGUGUUCUUCGGGAUGGCUGUUUCAGUACACGGUGGCGACCAGAAGCCCAAACUAAUUAAGUUCAGGACAAUGCUGACAAGGUGUCAACGCGAGUCACCUCCUUUCACGGUUUCCAAGAUUUCACUCGCAGCAAAUAGUGCCGACCCGGAGCGUUGAGGAAAUAUUGGAUUGAUGUAGGAUUACACUUGUAGUUUGUAUCAUACAUAAAAAGACAUAAAAUGGCACACGGAGACAACAUCCAAGAUGAACUAAAAAUCGAUUCAUGCAUCAAUUCUGUCACUGCUGUAAGUUGGGGUUUGUUUGUUUACUGACAACAGUUUGAAGAUCGUCUCUGGGAUGUUGUGAGUAGGGCAUUUGAUGACUCGUGUACAUGUGUGCGUGCUUGUGUGUGUGUGGCAUGUGUGCAUUUAUUGGUGUUUGUGUAAUAACUCGGGGAAGGGGUGGGGGACCAGAGGGGGUAACAUGAAUGGCAAGCACUUUCUGCCUUGUUUGCCCACACUUGAUUUAACCGAUAUUAUUAAGACAAUUCUACUGUUUUCUUAAAUACAUCCGCAUAUAUACAUCCAGCUGUGUGUAUAUGUUCAAAGAACAUGCAAUGGAGAAAUCACCCUUUAUUUUGUGUGUGCGUGCGUGUGUAAUUUAAUCAUACAUUCUUCAGCAGGCAAGCGAAGUUGGACAUAUUUUAUUUUUCUCACCUCUAAGCAUGAACACACGCCCAUGGGUGCAGCUUGCCUUGCCUGUUACUGGUUCAUACAUUGAUAGCUGUACACUUAACACUGGCUCAAAGAGUCCUUCAUCCCUCCUUAACUCUUAAUGUUGAUGUGCAAAUUAUUUUAUGUACCCAUGUUAAAAGAAAACAAAAGUAGUGUAUUCCAGACAAAAAAAAAAAAAAAAGAAAUACUCAAAGAUUGUACUAUGUUUCCAGCAUUACCAAGGUACCUGGAGUGGUUCAAACUGUUUUUUAGCAUUUAUGGUUUUAUUAAUGGAACCGUAAUAUACACACAUGUAUGUAUAUUGGUAUGUAUCUAAGUUUUGUCUACCCCAACUUACAUUCCCACAAACAAAAUGUUGCCAUUUUUAGUUCAAGGGAGCAAUGUACAAGCAGAGAAGUGUCUUAUUAUAAUAAAGUUAUACAGAGAAGGCAAAGUUAAAUAAACUACUUUUGAUUUAAUGGAAAA